AUGGCAGCAUCAGUCGGUUUGGUGGCCAGUCGUUCUGCCCUCGUCAUCGCGCCAUUAUUUUGUAGCAUGGUGAACGUCGUGUUUAUUUGCGUCACCAGCUUCUUCAUGUGGUCUCCAUCAAACUUUACGUACGCUUGCCUGUCUUCAAGCAAGGCAUUGGCUUUCUGGAGUUCGGCCGACAAGGUAGCCGAACUCCACUAUCUACGGCGGAUGUUCACCUCCAACGGUUACCCCCGCAGCUUUAUAGAACGCAGCAGACUAUCGAGGCCAACAAUAAAGUCAACGGCAAAUCAGCCGAAAGUCUGGCGAGCGCUGCCAUAUAUUGCGAACGUUUCCGAGGCAGUUGCUCGCAUCUUGCAACCAUUGGGUAUCGGAAUCGCCCACAAACCAGAGGCGACAAUUAGACGUCUGGUCAUGAGGCCAAAAACGCCUCUGCCACGAGGCGAAACUGCCAACGUCGUCUAUCGGAUCCCGUGUAGUUCCUGCGAGGCAAACUACGUUGGAGAAACGGGGAAGAGAUUGCAGACCCGUAUGGACGAGCAUGCAAGAGCGGUAAGGAGAAUGGACCAGCUCUCGUUGGUGGCAGAACAUUGUGCAGCUUUUGGCCACGCCUUCGCCUUCCAAGACGCCGAAGUCUUGGGCCAAGGGAGCGAUCAAACGGUCAGGGAGACGCUCGAUGCCUGGCACACCACAACUACCUCAAUCAACCGCUGCGUAACUUUACCGGCUGCCUACCAAGCCCUACGGGUGAAGCUCAAUAGGCAGGGCUACCGACGAGACGCCAGGCCGGAGACGACAGUAACCAAACCCAGACCAAGCGGGAACACGGACGGACAUAGACAGACGUCGGGAACAAACGAAACCAGGGGACAACCGGCGGCGAACGCGGGCAGACGAGAGCAGUCGGUGAGAACGCCCAACAGUGCCAGGCCCCCCCAGCUCGACGUCAACACUGGCAUGACAACCACCGUCAACACAGUUACGGGCAGGUGUGAACGGGACAGCGAGACGAGAACUCGCGACAGUGACAGGAAUCCCCAGCCCGACACCAACACUGGCGUGACAACCACCGUCCACGCGGUUACGGGCAGGCGCGAACGGGGUAGGAAGGCGAGAUACGUGGAGGGCGGACAACGGACAAUGCAAACAAGAGCAAUGGCCGCGGUCACCCCGACGCCACCCCCCUCCCCACACCCGACAAAGGAGGAGGAGAAACCGAUGCCGCCAUGA